ACAGGCAUUUGCUUUCAAAAGGAAGAAGAAGAAGAGUUUACAGACAGGACAGGUACAGCAACGGCUCCGUCCCCCGCGUCGCCACCAACCACACGAUCCCCCGCCGGAAAGGCGGAGCCGAGUACUUCACCGCGCGCGCGGCAGGGCUUGCAGCGCUCCUCUACAGCAUCGGCCUCCUCCAGCCAUGUCCUCGUCCGCGCACCUCCGCCUCCUGUCCGCCGCGGCGGCCUCCCUCCCGGCGCCCGCCGCCACCCGCUUCUCCCCCCGCCGCCGGGUCCGCCUGCUGCAGCCCCUCCCCGCGCUCCCCCUGCUACCCUACUCCGCCCGCGCCCUUGCCAGCCUCCCGCGCCUCUCCCUAGUCCGCCGCCGAUGCGCUGUCGCCGUCGUGGAGGGACAGGGCGAGGAGGAGGAGGGGCAGCGACUGGGGCUGGAGGCCUUGGCGGAUGGGGAGGAGGUUGUGGCGGCGGCGGAGGGGAUAUGGGCGCAGGUGCGGGACGUGGUGGUGUUCGCGGGGCCGGCGCUGGGGCUGUGGAUCUGCGGCCCUCUCAUGAGCCUCAUCGACACCAUGGUCAUCGGCCAGACCUCCUCCCUCCAGCUCGCCGCCCUAGGGCCUGGGGCCGUGUUCUGCGACUACCUGUGCUACAUAUUCAUGUUCCUGUCGGUCGCAACCUCCAACAUGGUGGCCACCUCCUUGGCCAACAAGGAUGAAGAACUUGCACGACAUCAAGUAUCUAUGCUGCUGUUUCUAGCUCUUUCUUUUGGUAUAGGAAUGUUUCUGUUCACUAAGAUUUUUGGGACUCAAGUGUUGACUGCUUUUACUGGAUCAAGAAAUUAUGAAAUUAUUUCUUCUGCCAAUACAUAUGCACAGAUCAGAGGCUUCGCGUGGCCUGCAGUUCUUGUUGGCUUAGUUGCUCAAAGUGCUAGUCUAGGCAUGAAAGACUCUUGGGGUCCUUUGAAAGCGUUGGCAGCUGCUAGUGUUAUAAAUGGAGUUGGCGAUAUAUUUCUCUGCUCUAUUUGUGGCUAUGGAAUUGCUGGUGCUGCCUGGGCAACUAUGGUUUCACAGGUUGUUGCAGCUGUUAUGAUGAUGCAAAAUCUAAACAGUAGAGGUUUUCGAGCUUUCUCAUUCACAAUCCCAUCAAUAAGAGAGCUCCUGCAGAUAAUUGAAAUUGCAGCUCCUGUUUUUGUGACAAUGACAUCGAAGGUAGCAUUUUAUGCAUUACUUACAUACUCCGCGACUUCUAUGGGAGCAAUAACGCUUGCAGCCCAUCAGGUUAUGAUUAAUGUCUUGUGCAUGUGCACUGUUUGGGGUGAGCCCCUGUCACAAACAGCACAGUCGUUCAUGCCGGAGAUGAUAUAUGGAGCCAACCGCAAUUUGAUGAAGGCAAGGAUGCUAUUGAAGUCACUUCUCGUGAUUGGAGCAAUAGCUGGAAUGACUGUAGGGGCAGUAGGAACACUUGUUCCGUGGCUCUUUCCCAGUCUCUUUACCAAUGAUCAAAUGGUUGUACAACAGAUGCACAAAGUGCUGAUCCCAUAUUUCACUGCAUUGUUGGUGACACCUUCAGUACACUGCCUUGAAGGAACAUUAUUGGCUGGAAGGGAUCUCAGGUAUUUGAGUCAAUCAAUGGGUGCAUGCUUUUGCAUUGGUACCUUUCUAUUGUUGUUUGUUGGCGACAAAUUUAGUAGCUUGCCACUAUGCUGGUGGAUACUUGUCUUCUUCCAAUGGAGUCGGUUCGGAAGUGCUGUACAGAGGCUUGUUUCUCCAACGGGGAUGUUAUAUAACAAAAACUUCAACCAGCCUGAUUAUGUCAAGGUGGAGGCCACAUAAGGAUGUACAAUUGAUUGAAGCAAGGCGGCAACAAAUACACACACAUUUUUAGUCCUGGAAAGAUUGUUCUUCAAUGUCUGUUUCUGACCACCAUCUUUGUAAGAAGUAGACCAUGGCUCUAUGUUUAGAGCAGGACCUGCACAUGGUGAUCUUGGAAGCGAAGUUACUUGGUUGAGGUGGUUAGAACUAGGAAAGUCCAAUUGGCUCUAGGUUAGGAUUGAUUCUCUUGUUAGUAUCUUUUGUCCUAUGAGCUCCUAUCUCACGCAUUAUUGCUACUGAGAAGGCUAUGAUAUUUACACUGUCAAACACUUGUGAUACUGUAAAACUGCAGUUACGCAAGCGUAUAAAUAUUUUUUUCAAAAAAAA